CUAAUUUCUACAUUUGUCGUUCUGUAUCAAUGAUCUGUUCCUGUGCGAUGACGGUUUCCUUCUGGAAGAGUAAUGACUGAGCAGGUUGUAAGUGAGGCGAGGUCUUUUGGAGAUUCGUCCAUAGUCCACAGAAUGGAAAACUCUACGACUUAUAACGCUUUCCAGCACGAACUCGAAGACUAUAUUAGGAAGCAGAAAGCCAGAGGGUUGCGACCAGAGACCUGCUUUAGGAAGGUGACAGCGGGCUGUGCGUGCGGAGACAGGCACCGCACUGCGCCCGAACCCCCCAUGCUGGAGCCCGGACUCCCCUGCAGGAGCGCCCACGCGUUCCCGGGUUCCCACAAAAGGCUGAGAACAGUGGGCAGCCCGGCACCCCGAUGGCCCAAGAUCCAUCGCCCCGCACCACGCCUGGAAUCUCUAAUCCACGGUCAGAAAAACCACUAUUUCUUCAAAAACGCGUGGCUUCCAAGCCCACCUGCGCGAGGCGGGACCCCUGGCACCCACGCAGCACGAGACGGAGAUGCUGCCAGCCGCCGCCUCCGGGAGGGCCGUCCGCGCUCGCGCGCGCAUCAGGCGGGCGACCGGGACCAUCGGGACCGAGGCCGGAGGAGAAGGUCCGGGGAGGAGGGCAGCGACCUCGGCCUGGAGCGCCGAGCAAAGCGGCGGCAGAAGAAGCGUGGUGCGGAGGGAGAGGCCUGCAGAGAGGAGGGGAGAAGGGCGGAGGGGGCGCCAGCGAGCGAGGAAACGCGAGAAGGUGGGAGGAGCGACGGAGAGCAGGGCGCCCCCAAAUGGAGAAGCCGGUCCCGCCGAGAGAAGCAGCCCCCGGGCAAGGGAAGCGCGCAGGACAGGGGCGUGUGGGACCUGUGGGAUGAAGCGAUCCUGGGCAGCUGCUGCUGAUGGGACAUCAGUGACAUUAUUCUGAUAGUAAAUGAUCGGACCCGCUGGGAAGGCUGGAUUAAAUGACAGUGAAGCCACCAAGAAAACAAGUUUAGGUUCUCAACUCAGACUCUGUGUAAAUACCAAACCCAGGUGGUUUAAAGACAUAAAUGUAGAAGGAAAAGGAAAACCACCCUAGUAGAGGAAAAUAGGGUGGUUUUUUUUAUUUCUUAAAGUAUU